AUGGAGCCCAACAGUCCCAAAAAGAUACAAUUUGCUGUGCCUUUAUUCCAGAGUCAGAUUGCACCUGAAGCAGCUGAACAGCUGGGCCUUUGUUGUUCACAGAUAAGGAAAAGAAGACCUACACCAGCAUCACUUGUGAUUCUCAAUGAACAUAACCCCCCAGAAAUAGAUGACAAGAGAGCGACCAACACACAAGCAGAAGUAAGUUUUAAUGCAUCCCCUAAGCAAAGGAAGCAGAGCGUGUACACACCACCCGCCAUGAAAGGGGUUAAGCAUAUGAAAGGCCAGAAUGAAUCAGCAUUCCCCGAAGAAGAAGAAGGCGUGAACGAGAGAGAAGAGCAGUGGGACCAUUAA